GCUUUAUUAGCAGGGUUUAGCGCGUCCUUUUACAAACUUUGUGAAACGUUCAACAGGAGGGAUCUGCCGUAUGUCCGGAUAAACGCGUGCGGAAGGACUCGUGAUUUGACGGCGGCUCUGUACGUCUGUUUAUUCUGGUUAGCUUAGCUUGCUAGCUGGACACUUGGUCGGUGCGUUUUGUGUUUGAGAAACGAUUUGAAUCAUAGAGCCAAAAAUGUCAAAAGUCCAAAUCCUGAGAGCGUUGGUGAACCAGCGACUGAAUGCAGCCGCCGAAGAGAUAUUUGGACUGUUUGAAAGAACCAUAGCAGAGUACGAGGAGGAACUUUGUCGUUCCAAACAGGAAAACGACCGGCAGCGCCACCUGCUGGACGCCACCGCAGCAGACAGACAGCAAAUACUGGUGGGUAAAGAACAGGGUCCCACUGCAAAGCAGGACCAGGAGGACCCAGAUCCCCCGCACAUUAAAGAGGAAAAUCUGGAACUCUGGACCAGUCAGGAGGGACUUCAGCAUCAAGACCAGGAAGUGGCUGAGAUGAAUUUCCAACUGACUCCUGUCCCAGUGAAGAGUGAAACCGAUGAAAAGAAACCUCAGGCGUCACAGCUUCAUCAAAGGUCAGCCGAUUACAACGCAGAGACACAGCCGGGAGCGGACUAUGAAGCAUCACACUCACACAGAAACUCAGAUCCAUCCAUGUGUCAGCAGCCGCCCUGGAUCUUAGUCCCUCAAACAUCAGAAAUGCUGUUCAGGAUUCAGUAUCGAGGACAGCAGCAGUACAUCAAACUGAACCGAGCUUCAUACGCAUCGUUUCUGAAACAAGCAAAAGAGACGUUCAACAUCCCGAGUGAGAAAAGAAUCUGUCUGGUGGAUGAAAUGGGGACGGAGGUGGACGAGGACGUGUUCAGUGACGUGUUCUGCGAGACAUCGGACAUCCUUUGGACUCUUGUUGACGCCUGUUCAGCUGAUGAAUCUUCGGUGCUGCCGUCCUGUGUGGACGCCAUCUCGCUCUCCUCAUCACUUUCUUCAGACAGCGAGACGUGUGGGGGGGCACCAAAACGCCUGAGAAUUGAAGAGGCUUCAUUGGGGUUGCACAGACAACCUCAGAUUGACGACAGUUCCUCACACGCGAAAGAGCUCGUCCAGAGACUUCUGGAAACGAAGCCCGGAGGGGAGAAAAUCCUUCAGGAGUACACGCUGCAUGGAGAGAUUAAAGACCCACUGCGACGGAAACUCGUCAACAUCGUAGUCGGCGCGAUGAUUCAGGAGUACGGGACUGCGCCACCUAUGGACAUCAGGACGCAGUACGCUCUGGGGAUUGUCACUCUGUUCCCUUGUCUCAAAGACCCCUUCUCUCUGAAGGGUUAUGAACAUUUUUUUGAUGCUGAAAGCAACCGGGGGUACAUCGCAUGGAAACUUAAAAAUGUGCAGCGGGAGCUCAGCUGUGGCGGGCAGAGAAGUAAAAACAGAAAAAGACGGAACAGCAGCUGCAACAGUUCCCGUAAGGAUCCGCCGUGCAGCAGCGGGCCGGAGGUGGAGCGGGAGGUGACCGCGGAGCAUCAGCUGGAGGGUGAGCCGUGCCUGGAGGCCAUGACGGCGCUGAGGCACUGCACUGACGAGAAGCAGAUCUUCUUGAAAAUGAAACAAACUUUCAAACGCAGACAGAAGUUAGUUCACGAUCCUGACGACCGCAGCACCGUGCUGACAGGCUUCCCAAGAUUCCUCGACACAAAAGGCCUGGUGCUGCAGGACUUCCAGCUGUUAUUUGGGGAAGAGACGGCUUCAAAACUUCUGGAGAAGUGGAGAACAUUCUUGAAGCAAAAAGUCAUAAAAGAAGCCAACAAUCUAAACCGGACUCCCACGCUGGAGUCCCUCAUCCAAUCUGCAGAGGAAAGCCCAGUUGGGGAGGACAGUUUAUUAGCGUGGGACAGUGACAUGUCCUCUCUGCUGCUGCUGGUCUACCUCCUGCCUCCACCGCCCAGUGGGAAGAGAGGUGUGAAGAUCAGCUCCCGCGAAGCCGUUAGUCGUGUUAUCAAGUUCCACGAGUCCUGCCACAGCCACCAGGAGGCGUUGUCCUCGGGUCCAGGGAGGCAGCCUUACAUCCUGGCAGUUGGGACGUCAAGAAAAAGCAUCAAUGAGUACUUCAUCGUUUUGGACGGUCUGCUCAUUCCCUGCAAGACUAAUUCCUCUCUCUCGGCUUUUGACGAACUUUUCAAAACUCAUUACGUGUUUGGCCUAUCUUACGACCAAGCUUUGAAGAAUAUGUACACGUUUGUGCAGACCACCAUUUAUAACAUCGACGUAGGUCUGUGCCAGGAAAGUCCCAGGGUCAAGGAUCUCAGGGCCAAGAUCCUUAACUGAUUCACACGUUAGCCUGUGCCUCCAUCAGAGUAGUUUGGCUUCUGGGGUCACGUGUUUUAACACUGUUGGUAACAUUUCAACUUUUUAAAUGUUCUCACAAGUUAUGUACAUUUUUAGAUCUUAAAACCAUCUCCACCGGUAGAGGAAAAGUUUUAGUCUCCAGUGACACUGCACGGUUUGGUGGAAGAUGUCAGAUUGUGAUUGUUGUGGGAAAUUCUAUGAUUUGUCAUAUGGUAAAUGUAAUGCUGCCCUCGGGUCCAUACGUUUUUGGACGCUGGUGUACUAGUUGUGAUUUUGCGUCUGUUCACUACAGUGGAGCUGAAAUGAAGCAACAUGUUCACGUUGUGUCAACUUUCCGCUUUAAGUCAAGGCCGGUUCAAUAAAAAUGUCACACUAAGCUUUUAGGACUUACAGUCAGUUAUACACGGACCCUCUGACUACAAGUUAUUGGUGAAAAUACAUAAAUAAGGAAUAUUUGUUUUAUACAAAUAAUCAUUUUUACAGCCACUUUUGAAAAGUCGGGGGAUGAACACAUGAAAAUUUCCAAGCCACUGACUAUAUUGUGCAGUGGAUCCAGAAAGUAUUCACAGCACUUCACUUUUUCCACAUUUUGUUAAUGUUACAGCCUUAUUCCAUAGUGGAAUAAAUCCAC